AUGCAUGCUCACAAAGAUUCAGCGCCUCAAGCCUGUUCGUCUCGUGAGCUUCUACUGAUCGUGAUCUUCCCCAUCAUCAUCAAACUGGUCAUCACCUCUGCUCUCUUAGAUUGCACCGUUCUGGUCAGUGAUGGCCGGCGUAUUGUUGGGGGGGCGUUGGCGGUCAAGGAAAAGUGGGUGUGGCAGGUCAGCAUGCAAUGGAGAGGAAAACACGUCUGUGGAGGGGCCAUCGUCUCCCCUCGCUGGGUCAUCACUGCAGCUCACUGCUUUGUUGAGAACAACAUGCUGGAAGUGUCUGACUGGCUGGUGGUGGUGGACACAGUCAGCAUCGCAGACGUCUCUCUGGGGGAACGUUACAGAGCUCUGCAGGUUCUUUAUCACCCUCGGUUCAACAAAUUGAACAACGACUAUGACGUGGGCCUGCUGCGCACCAUCACUGACAUGGACAUGAGAGCUGGGGUGCGACCGGUCUGUUUACCCAGUCCGAGCGAGUCCUUUCCUCCUGGAGCGGCCUGUUGGAUCACAGGCUGGGGAUAUAUUCAUGAGGGAGGCUUUGUGUCAGAUGAGCUAAGGCAGGCACAGGUCAAAGUCAUAGCUCAACCGGUCUGUUCCCACCCGAGCGCCUAUGGUAAUUACCUAACUCCUCGGAUGAUUUGUGCUGGCACCAUGGACGGAGGAGUGGACUCCUGUCAGGGGGACAGUGGUGGGCCCCUGGUGUGUGAGACAGCCAGUGGGGACUGGAGGCUGGCAGGCGUGGUGAGCUGGGGAGAGGGCUGCGGACGACGCAACAAACCAGGCGUCUACAGCAGAGUAACCCAACUGAUCCCCUGGGUUAAAGGACAUAUAGAGGACAAACCAGAAGAAUUGGAGGAGACCACGGCAGCCAUUACCGACACCUCAUAGAAACCAGACUCUUAUAACUU